ACGGUGGAAGUCGACCGCAGCAGACGGCCUGUCGUUCCGCGCGGUGCCGGUGGGGGGCGCUGCGGAGCGCCAUGCCUCGCACGGUAACAUGGCGGUCUGAUGGAAGCGGAAUGUCACUUUCAGCGGAACCGAACCGCCGCAAACGUGUCGGGUGACGCUCUCGGCUCCCCGCCGGCAACCGAAUUGCGACCGCACGCGUGUGUCGGUUAUGCGUCCGCGGCCGCGUUGAUCCUCUGACGGCGUCGCUGCCGCUCGUGGAGUCGGGGAGUCGAUACCGAGUGGCCGGAGUCGCUUUAGCCUUCCGGUGUCCUGCGGUACGGGGGUUCCGCCAGCGUCCGCCACCGGGGAGAAGGAGCCCCGGAGCCCCGCGCGCAGCAUCAAAGCCAGAGUGAGAGGAAAACCUGCUCUACACAUGAGGAGGCAUCCGACGGGACAGUGACAGCACCGGACCGCCAGAGCUUAUGGAUCCCACUGACUCUGGACAAGGGCAAGAGAAGCCGUCAGAGCAAGAUCGGGAUUUAAGGGUCACCUCGAGAGGACGACAGCGGAAGAAAAAUCCCAAAUAUUCAGAUUAUGAAACUGUCCGCACGUCCCCUCGGCAAACGUCGCCUCGAAAGAGCUCACGGCGAGCAGGAAGAACGCCGCCUAAAACGACUCCGGCGAAGAUCGUAGAAGCUAAAGAUGCCACACAGCAGGCUGCGAACGGAGAAAAAGAAGGAGCGGACAAAACGGCUCAAGAGUCCGAUGGAGACGCCUCAGAGGAAACUCCUACAAAAAAGUCAGCGAGAGCGAGGAGGACCCCGUCAAAAAAGACUCCCGCCAGAAAAACUCCCGCCAAAAAAACGCCUGUCAGAAAAACUGCCAGGGCCAACGGGAGCCUCGGGACUGGAGAGGACGGAGUUGUAGAUGCCGUGCCGCCGGAAAUCGAGACGCCAAAGCCGAAGAGAAAGUAUGUGAAGAAGCAGCCUGCACAGAAAUCAGCAGCACCGGUAACGGAACCUCCGCCGUGUGUGGAGGCUGAACCCGAGGAGCAGAUCGAACCGGGCGGCCGCCGCAGGAGAAGUGCAGCUAAAGCGGCGUUGAAGUACCUCCAGAUUUUGGCAAAAGAGGUUCUCGACUAUCCCAACGACGAGACCCGGACGGGUGCCGACAGCAAAGACUCCCAAAAAAAUCCCAAAGGAGGCAAAGAGCGUAAAGGUCGAAAAAGGAAACGUCCCGAUGACAGCGAUGCUGAAGGGGACGAAGACUUUGUGCCGGGCGUCGAAGAAGUCGAUGAUGAGGAGAGGGAAGAGGAGGAAGAGGAAGAAGAAGAAGCAAAAGAAUCAGAGGACUCCGAUUUGGACUUUGACUUCAGGAAGGGCGGACGAAGUGCAGCAGUUUUUCAAAAGACUGGCUCCAAUGUCAUUGCCCCGAACGGACUCACCAUGAACAACAUGAGAGCUGUUUGGAACUGCUUCGAGGCGACCAAGAAAUUCCGCGAGGAGCACUACAGCAGCUGGGUGUUCCCGGAGUGGGUCCCCUCCACCGCUCAAUGGCAACUUGUACCACAAAGUGAUUUGGACAAAUACCUGCCGCAGGAACUUUGUUCAGCCGCUUUCAAAGUGUCCAGAGAAGGACUCGGCAAGGAGGAGACGCCGCUGCAAAGUCUCAACAGGUUUACAGCAGCGCCUGCUCACCCGCAACGCUGGGACACAGUGUUUUUUACCGGGGGGCCGGUCUGGGCCAUGGAGUGGUGUCCGACGCCGGACGGUGCCCCGGCCACGCAGUACAUCGCUAUGGCGUGUCACCGAGGCAUGGAUGAGCAGCACUACGUUGACAAGACGUACACCGGAACUGGACUGGUUCAGCUGUGGGACGUGGGCAAGCUGGAGUACAACAGCAGCCCGGACGCCCAGCCGGCCUUCGCCUACGGCUUGGCUCAGGACAAAGGCUUCAUCUGGAAUCUGAAGUGGUGUCCCGCCGGAGGCUGGGAGCUCCCCAGCUGCAGCAGAAAUGCCCCUUUCCUGCCCAGACUGGGUCUCCUGGCCGUUGCCACCUCCAACAGCGUGGUCACCAUCUACAGCCUGCCCCACCCGGAUGCUCUGCGCUCCAAGGAGAAGCUCCCAGACGCUGGAAAGGAUAGCCAACAGCUGCCGAUAUACAAGGCAGAAGGAGUGUUGACGCUGAAGCUGGGCUCCUUCAGAGCCCCUCACCAUGAGAAGAGUGGACAAGUCCUGUCCAUGGACUGGCUGCCGGAAAAACCUCAUAAUGUAAUAGCUAUUGGAUUCUACGAUGGUGUUGUAGGAUUUUGGGAUUUGACCACAAAGUCUUCGUUGCUGCGGGUGCGGGAGUUGGACAGAAUGCUCAGCCUGCUGCCCUAUCGGUGCUUACGAGCCCACGACCAUGCUGUCCGGGCCCUGGCCUUCUGUCCCGCCUCCAGGUACCUGUUGACGACGGCGGGAGAAGACCGCUACGUGAAGACGUGGGACCUGAGGAGGCUCGACGAUCCACUCACGGUUCAGAAACGCUACCUGACCAACGAAAUCUAUUGGCCGCUGCACGGACCGGGUGUCAUCAUGGCCCAGGAUGCGGGUUUUGUGCCGAAGGGUUCACACGGAGUUCAUUACUUUGACCAUUUCGUGAACUCCAUCUUCGCAGUUCCUCGCUGUGGCUCUUUGUGGUCCAUUUCUUACACCGAUUGGUUGAACAGCGUGGUGACGGCAGACAGUCUCGGUGAGGUCAUCUUCGCCCUGUUACCUCCCAUCGAUUGCGUUCCUCCGUGCUUCAAGCGCUCGAUAGACAGACGAUUCCCAGUCUAUUUCACAUCUCUGGAGCCUAAUGCUACAACUGAAGAAGAAAGCCAGGAGAUGGGAGGAGUGGAGGAGGAGGAGGAGGAGGAGGAGGAAGAGGAUGGAGAUGCUGCUGAGGAGCAGGAAGGAGGAGAGGCAGAAGAACAGGACUCUGGAUCUGAAGGAGGGGAAGAGAACGAUGAUGAGAGCGGAAGAGAAGGACGACGACCACGACGACGAGGGCGAAACAAUAAACGUCCCCCUCUGCGCUUCCAGACGUACAAAGAGGCCGUGAAGAAAUACUGCCUUCACCACACAGACACCGACAUGGCCACCUUCGCAAAAAAAGAGAAGCGAGCGCUCUGGAAACUGAUGAAAGACACAGAAAUGAAGACACACAUGAACCUGGAUGACAUGCCACUGGCUGCACUGCACAAGGUGCGUCUCAGCCCCAACAUGAGCAGCCACACCUGGCUGGCAUCCGCAGGCCAGACGGGGCUGGUCAGGCUGAACUGUCUGAGGACCAUGAUCGGCUCCCAGGUCAAGGACAUGAUCAGCGAGAACCAGGCCCAGUUCGACGCGCUGUACUCGCCCAAAGACCCGGAGGCGGCGGCGGCGGAGGCGGCGGAGUCCGAAGUCCAAAGUGCGACGGAGGAGCUAUAGCGAAGAGCGAAACUCGGGAAUCAGAAGGUGGAUCACACUGUCACAACACUAGAGUCACGGAGACAAAAUCAAUUUUUAAUUAGCACAGUCAAGUUUACAUUUACUGUUUUAUCAUUUUUGGGUUUAAUCGUGUUUCUUUGCGACUUUGAAUUUAAGUCGGAAGCACGAAGCGAUUAGCUGGAUUCGAGCAACAGUUCAAUAACAGUCUCUCUGAAGCUUUUUUCCCCUCUUUGGAAUUCUGCCUGAAAGUGUCAUGGAAAAGGUCUUUCACUUCUUUUACACCGACACACCAGAUUAUGAUCACAAGUGGAAACGGUGACGGUAUAUAUAUAUUUUUUGAAUCCAGGAGUGGCUGGCAGUGCCCUUGCCUUAAAGCAUCAUCACUUUACACCUAUGUAUCAUUCAUUCCAAGUGGAUCAAGUCAAAAGUCUCUGAUUUACCAUAAAACAGUGAAUCCAAGGUAAUAAUUAUGUAUAUUAUCAUCAGGUUUUUUUUACCGUCAUAAAAUCAACUCUCAGGAAAAAUGAUAAGAUCCUGCUGAUGAUAAAAUUCAUAAAUGAGUAUACACACGUUGAAGAAUGUUUUGGAGGGAGGAUUUUUACAACUUAAGGGAAAAUUGCAGUUGUUGUGUUUUUGUUUGUUUUUUCUCCAACCGAAUGUUUUUCCUUAGCUACAGAGUUUGUUAAAAAACAGUGUUUGGAUACAGUUGGUUAGAAUAGCCCCAAAAAAUCUAUGUCACCCUCUCAACUGGAGGCAGUGUGCCGACGUUAACCCCUUCGUCGCUGCCGCUGCUUAUUAAAAAAAAUUCAUACAGGUGAUUUUAUUUAUCCUGGAAAAACAACUAUUUGUGUUUUGUAGCAAGUUCCUCACGGCUUUGAUUUCUACGUUUGGUACAGCCGAGUCCACCGGCCCCUCCCUAGGCCCCUCUCUAGGCACCUCCCUAACUGACCUAACAUGCAAGACAUUCACUCCUCCGUAGUGGCAGUGAUCACAACACACAAACCCACUGAUAACUGCUGUGUUCAAAGCUUAACAAGACCAACAAACUCUUAUAUACAGCUACAGCUACGUACUGACCCCUCCCCACAGUCUUUCCAACUUCUCGUGAGUCUUGUCUUCUCCUUGUCUUUUACGUGACACACCAUGUAGCCACGCCUCUGUCUGAAUAUGAAUAUGAGGUUGUAGUUACGCUUCUUUGGGGGUGGGGGGUCCUGUCUGUUAAUAAUCCGCCGCACAUUCCAUUGCGAUUUAUGUGAAUUUAAGUUUUGAGAUUUCCAUCAGUGUACAGAAUGUCCGAGUGGAUAAAACUCACUUGCGCUUAGUGUCGUUUCCAGACUCUUAGGACUGUUUUGACAACAGAACCUUAAAAAUCCACUUUCUGAUUCUGCUCUCCGACCUUCACAAUCUUUUUUCCCCCACCUCAAUGUUGCUGAUUCAAAACUGCGAACUGCAGUUUGUUUGUUUUCUGCAACAACCCGGGAAAAAUUGGAGGAGAUCGUUGAGAAGAGUUUUUGCCGCUGUAUUUUUGUAACUGAUUGUUUUUUUUUCAACAACUCAGGCUGUAACUGGGUGGGAAUACUUGAAUAUUUUUUUAUGGUACAACUCUGGAUGUAAUGUCUGUAAAAGGGCAAUUUUUUUAGGUCUGUUGAAUUUAUUCCUGUUGUUAAUUCUUAUAAUUCGAAGGUUUUCGAUUCAAAUAGCAGCUGCAGUCAGGGGAUAUUACAUAAUUUUUUUUGUGUCUAUUAAAAGUUUUUUAUUUCUUAAAUAUUUACAGACACAAACAUGUUUUAGUCUUCAGUUCACUCUGGGGUUUGAAAACAUGCUUAUUUUUCUAAUUAUUUACAAAUCAAAUUGACAGUUAUUGAAUGAUGUUUCAUAAAACACCGUGAUAAUUAUUGUCGGCCAAUAAUCACUGGCAAUAACUAUCGUUCAUUUGUAAUUCAUAAAACCAUCAAGCUGUACAGGACCUGUGCUUAUUCUGUUUUGCUCUGUUAUUUUUCUUUUGUGUAAUUAAAAUAUUUGAAUAAAUAAUGAAGAAGA